ACUAGUUUUUGAGAUUAAAAUAUUAGAUUUUUGAAACUAUAUUUUAUAAUAUUAUAAUGGGAAGAGGUAAGGUAGAAUUGAAGAGAAUAGAAAACAAGAUAAACAGGCAAGUUACUUUUGCUAAGAGAAGAAAUGGAUUACUCAAAAAAGCUUAUGAGCUUUCUAUUUUGUGUGAAGCUGAAGUUGCUCUUAUCAUUUUCUCUAAUCGUGGCAAGCUCUAUGAAUUUUGCAGUACCUCUAGUAUGUCUGAUACACUGGAGAGAUACCAUAGAUGCAGCUAUGGUGACCUUGAAACUGGCCAGUCUUCAAUGGAUUCACAGAACAACUACCAAGAGUAUAUGAAGCUGAAAGCAAGAGUUGAAGUGCUACAACAGUCUCAAAGGCAUAUACUUGGAGAGGACUUAAGUCAAUUAAACACAAAAGAUUUGGAACAGCUUGAGCGUCAGCUGGAUUCAUCUUUGAGGCAAAUAAGAUCAAGAAGGACACAAAACAUGCUUGAUCAACUUUCUGAUCUUCAACAAAAGGAACAAUCUCUUCUUGAAAUCAACAGAUCCUUGAAGACAAAGUUGGAAGAAAACUCUGUAGCCCACCAAGCACAUUGGCAUACUACUGGAGAGCAAAAUAUACAAUUCAGACAACAACCUGCUCAGUCAGAGGGGUUCUUUCAGCCUUUACAAUGCAAUACUAAUAUAGUGCCAAACAGGUACAAUCUGGCUCCAUUGGAUAAUAUAGAACCAUCAACUCAUAAUGCUACUGGAAUUUUGCCUGGAUGGAUGCUUUGAAUGGGAAACAAGUUCUCUUGCCUUUUACAAGCAAUUAAGUUGAUGAAAGUUUGAGAUUGGAAAGAACCAAUAAAUGUUAUUUCUUUCAUACAUACAAGUUGAGCUUUUAGUGUUUCAAAAGACUAAUUAGCUUGCAUGUUUAGUAAACUAUUGUGUAUGCAAACUAUAAUGAUAUAUAUGUCAUGUAA